UUUAAUUCUUCCGUAGGGGGCUGAUUUGCAUUGAAUGACACAAGAUGUUGGGUGUUUGUAGUAUUAACUACUGCAACUUUCAUGUGGAAAGCUAGUCCACUCGUGAGGGAGAGGAAGGUCUCUCGCAGCUUUCAGAAAAUUAUACUGUUUUGUAGCGCAGUUUAGUGUAUUGUGUUAAAAAGUUUGGGGGAAAGUCAAAAGUUUCCUCCAUUUUAUAACUUUGCUUCUAUUGUAUAUUGGGAAAGGGGCAUUGUAGCACUGCCUAAAUGUAAGGGAGUGGAACAUGAAAUUCAACGCAAUCAUUUUUAUUCUUGUUUCCUAUUUUAAUUUUAAAAGUAAGGGAGCAUUAAGGGUAUCUCACUUUAAAAAUUUCACGUUUAUUUCGGAACAGAGGGGUAUCACGUUUAUUGAAGACCGAAAAGAACUUAGUAGCUCCGGCCCAAUUUGAAACCACCCUGAGAGAGGAUGGAGGAAGAGGAAGGCGGAGGGCCGAGGCUGAGCAAGAGACUCGCCGAUAAGGGUGGAGAAGUGGAUUACAAGACCAAGGCGGGAACUGCCUGGUCUCACAACUUCCUUAACCAGAAGCCUUGGCACCCACUCUCUUACCCUAACCAACGUCGGAAGUGGAUCGCCGAGCAGACUCAUGCCCAGAAGGAACGCCGCUCGGAAGAAAUUGCCCGAGAGUAUGCUCAAGAACAAGAGUUUUUUCGUCAGACUGCUUUGGCUUCCAAGAAGGAAAAAGAAAAGUUGGAGAUGAUGAAAGCGGUUAGCUUUAUGUAUGUGAGACCUCCUGGUUACAACCCGGAAAGUGCUAAGGCUGCAGAGGUGGGAGAUGAGAAGAAAAAGCAAGAGAACAAUGGAACUUCUCAGGCUCCAAUAGCUGCUGAGGAUGUUUCUGAGUCAAAGUUACCUGAAUCUGUUGAAGAGAAAAAGAGACCAAGGCCAAAGGAUGUGUUUGGCCGGCUCUUACCCACAGAAGAUCAAUUUGAAGUCCUCAAAAAUGCUCCAAGGCUGGACACAGGUGCCCCUGGAAGGGCAAAACCUUUUGCUGUUGAGAUACGGAAUGUCAAAUGCGUAAGGUGUGGAACCUUUGGCCAUCAAAGUGGUGAUCGUGAAUGCCCAUUGAAAGAUGCUAUCAUGCCAAACGAGGAGAGUCGGUUAAGAAGAGAUGACCCUUUGACUGCUAUCAUAGCUCAGACAGACCCAAUCGAGCCGUUAAAGUGGGAACUGAAACAUAAACCUGGAUUGAGCCCUCCACGAGGUGGGUUUAGACCUGAUGAUCCCAAUCAGCAGAUAGUUGCAGAGGAUAUAUUUGACGAGUACGGAGGGUUCCUAGCUGGCGGUGACACUAUUCCUGACAUUUUGCUAUCCAACUUUUCAAGAAGUAAGCGAAACAAAAAUAAAAAAUCAAGUAAGAGAAGCCACCGGAGGAGGGGGGCAUCAUCAGAUUCAACUCAUCGUGAUUCAACUCAUCAUGAAGAAACCUGUUCUUACUCUUCUGAUGAUGGUGAUGAUGAUGAUAGGAGAGGAAGAAGGAAAUUAAAGAAGAGGAAACACAAAACGAAGAAGCAUCUUAAGUCAGAAGAGGAGGAAUCAUCAUGUGGCCAUGCUGACAACCAUCAUCAGAAGGGAAGAACUAUCAUCAAAUUGAGGCACAACUCUGAUUCAGCCACCAGAAAGGAUAAGAAGGGGGGAGGAGUCCACCACCACCGCCAUCACAAUCAUAGGCGUCACCAUUUUCAUUCUGUAUCAAAAGAAUGACAUAAUUACACUUUCUUGUGCAACAUAUAUUUUAUCUGUAAUUACACGAAAGAGUGUAUGGAAUAUACGGAGUAUAUUUUAUCAGUUUUGGAUGUAAAUCAUUCAUUUUUUAUUAUAAGACUUAUUAAAAUAUUGAAAAGAUGUGAGUAUUUAUCUAGAAGCUACCUGAAUCAAAUUUCAA